AUGGGCUCGGUGUUCACGUGUCUGCGGCGCUUCCUCCGUGAGUCCGGGCCCCUCGGGAGCCUCCUGUCCCGCCUGGAGGCUCGGACCGGCAUCAAGUGGCUCUACCUGGCCCCAGUUUCUCUGGCACUCUUGGGGCUGUACCUGGUGUUUGGCUACGGAGCCUCCCUCAUCUCCAACCUCUUCGGCUUCAUCUACCCUGCAUAUGCCUCCAUCAAAGCCAUCGAGAGCUCCAGCAAGGAGGAAGACACCCUGUGGCUGACAUACUGGGUGUUGUACGGCACCUUCAGCAUCGCUGAGGCCUUCUCUGAUGUUUUCCUCUUCUGGUUCCCAUGCUACUACGGUGGGAAGUGCCUCUUCCUGCUGUGGUGCAUGGCCCCCGUGCCCUGGAAUGGCUCUCAGGUCCUCUACCAGAGCAUCAUCCGUCCCUGCUUCCUCAAGCACCGCCGGGCUAUGGACAGCAUCCUGGGCACCCUCGGCACCAGAACCCUGGACACAGCUUCACAGAUCACCCAAGAAGUCCUGAGGACUCUGGCCACCAGCAGAGCCCGGCUGACAGCCGAGGUGGCCCCACAGCUCAGCCACUCCCCCCCAGAGGAGCCUUGAACCUGGAGAAUAAGCUGGACUGAGACCCCGGGACACCACAACGUGGGGCCUGGGGUUGGGACAGGGCCCCGCUCGGCCCAGC